AUGUCGCAAACCUCUCUGCGGGACAGCGAGCCUUGUGCUGAAGACCAGACUCAACAAAAGAGUGCUGCAACAGCCGACGGGUACCCUAGCAUGCACAAACGCAUCGUGAUCAUGCUCGCUGUAUAUCUUUCGAUAUUCCUGGUGACUUUGGACCAAAACAUUAUAUCCACCGCCAUUCCACGAAUCACCGACGAGUUCCAUUCUAUCGACGACAUCGGCUGGUAUGGCAGUGCCUACCUGCUCACCAUGUGCAGCUUUCAGCUCCUCAUGGGCAAGGUCUACAAGUUCUACCCGGUGAAACCCGUCUUCCUCUCCGGCAUUGUGCUGUUCGAAGUCGGCUCAGCGGUGUGCGGAUCGGCUCCCUCUUCUACCGCCUUCAUCCUAGGCCGCGCAGUUGCUGGCCUGGGAGCGUCGGGCAUGUUUUCGGGCGCCAUGGUCAUCAUGUUCCACACCAUACCGUUACAGCAACGGCCGAUUUGGCAGGGUGCCUUUGGAGCCAUCUUUGCGGUGGCGUCCGUCAUCGGCCCUCUUGUCGGAGGUGCAUUCACCGAUAACAUUACCUGGAGAUGGUGCUUCUAUAUCAACCUCCCCAUCGGAGCGGUGGUUGUUGCUGUAGGCUUGUUCUUUCUGCGGAUUUCCAACCAGAAGCUCGAUGCGCGAGCUCCUGGGGUGAUUGGGAAGUUGAAGCAACUCGACCCAGUGGGCAACUUGGUGUUCUUCCCCGGCAUCGUGUGUCUGAUUUUGGCUCUCCAGUGGGGAGGAACCAAAUAUGCCUGGCACAACGCUCGAAUCAUCGUGCUCCUGGUGCUUUGUGCCGUUCUCUGCCUCGCCUUCGUUGGGAUUCAACUGUGGAAACAGGAGGAUGGCACCGUCCCGCCGCGAAUCGUCAAGCAGCGCAGCGUGGCGGCCGCCAUCUGGUUCUCCUUUUUCAACGGUGCGGCGACCAUGACCACGGUGUACUAUCUCCCCAUCUGGUUCCAGGCCAUCAAGGGCGUCGACGCCAUCAAAUCCGGCAUCAUGCUGCUCCCGUUGGUUCUGUCCUCGGUCAUCGCCUCCAUUUCCUCGGGCAUCAUCAUCAGCCGGGUGGGCUACUACACGCCGUUCUUCAUUCUCAGCUCCGUCGUCACGUCCAUCGGCGCGGGCCUCCUGACCACGUUUACCUCGACGACCGAGCACCCCAAGUGGAUUGGCUACCAGGUGCUGGUCGGACUCGGUCUGGGGUUCGGCGCACAGCAGGGCCUGAACGUCGUGCAGACCAUCCUGGGGCGGUCCGACAUCGCCACUGGAUCUGCCGUGAUCAUGUUCGUUAGGUUCCUGGGCUCCGCCAUCUUCCUGCCGGUGGCCGAGAACAUCUUCCUCAACCGCCUGGUCGUUAAGCUGACAAAUCUGCCGGGGAUCGAUCCCACGGCCGUGACCAAGGCUGGUGCCACGGAUCUGCGCAAUCUGGCGUCGGGCGGCGACCUGCAGACCCUGUUGGGCGACUACAACGACGCCAUCGUCGACGUCUUCUACCAGCUCGUGGCGACCUGCGCGGUGACCACCUUGGGAAGCGUGUUUGUCGAGUGGCGCAGCUUGAAGGCCCGCGCGGGCGAGCAGGCGAAGAAAGAGGGAGAAGCGAAAGAGACCGUAGAGAAGAAGGAGGUGGGACAAGAUGUUUGA